UAGCACAGUGUCUGGGAGACAAUGCACACUUAAUGCAUAUUUCCUUCCAUUCUCAGGCUCUGGGGACAAUUUCUCCCUAGAGAGAUCUCCCUCCCUUUGGUUUUCUUCUCUCCCUCCUCCUGUCUUCGAGGGAAGGAGGAAAAGGAGAAUGUCUUAAAAUGGCCACAGCACUCUCUACUUCCCUGGGCCCUCUUUUCCCAAGAUCUCACUGGAUCCUGAAACACUCUUAAGAAGGCUGACCACAGACCCUUCUCCAGGUGCCUCCAGACGGUUUCCCCACAGCUCGCAACGUGGCCCUUUAAAUCCUAUUUUAUUCGACUCUUUCGGUACUCGAUUGGCUUAGUCAAGCUGUAGAUAGGGAAGAGCUAGCUCCUCCCUUCUCUGGAAUCCACCGUACGGGCUAUUGCUCUAGCCUUACGGGUCGAUGCAGGCGCAUAACAAACUCUGCCAGAGGGCGGUGGAGCUCUGCCUGGCAGGAUCCUGGUUGGACAGGCUUGUGGACUAUCAGGACCAAUGAAAUGGCGGGAUUGAGAGGCGGGACCGGGCUGGCCGUUGCCAAAGGCAACCUUAAGGGGCGGGAACUUAAUCGGACGGAAAUGAGGCGGGAUCUGGGCCGGAAGCAGGAAGUAAGCUGAGGGCGCAGGACGCGGCGGCAGCUGGUCCCUGUCCGCGGUCCCGGUCUCACUCCAGUCCCGAGGCACCAUGGAGAAGCUGCGGCUCCUGGGCCUGCGCUACCAGGAGUACGUGACCCGCCAUCCGGCCGCCACGGCCCAGUUGGAGACGGCCGUGCGGGGCCUCAGCUACCUGCUGGCAGGUCGAUUUGCUGAUUCCCACGAGCUCUCAGAACUGGUGUACUCGGCUUCCAACCUGCUGGUACUCCUGAACGAUGGCAUCCUGAGGAAGGAGCUUAGGCAGAGCCUGCCUGUGUCUCUGUCCCAGCAGAAGUUGCUGACAUGGCUGAGUGUGUUGGAGUGUGUGGAAGUGUUCAUGGAGAUGGGGGCUGCCAAGGUGUGGGGAGAAAUGGGCCGUUGGCUCAUCAUCGUCCUCAUCCAAUUGGCUAAGGCUGUGCUUCGGAUUCUCCUGCUGCUCUGGUACAAGGCUGGCCUGCAGACCUCACCCCCCAUUGUGCCACUUGAUCGGGAGAUGCAGCUUCAUUCCCAAGGUGGUGAGCACAAUUUGGGCAGCCAGGACCGGCCCUAUGUGGGGAAGAGGUCCAACCGGGUGGUGCGAUCCCUGCAGAGCACACCAUCCUUGCACUCAAGGCACUGGGGAGUCCCCCAGCAGCAAGAGGGGAGACUCUCCCAUCGAGGGGAGGAGCUGGAGGCUGGCCCCACUCCCCUGGGGCUACAGGAGACCAUUGCUGAAUCCGUGUACAUAGCCCGACCCUUGCUGCACUUGCUGAGUUUGGGCCUGUGGGGUCAGCGGUCCUGGAAGCCUUGGCUCCUCUCUGCCAUCUUGGAUGUGACCAGCCUAAGUCUGCUGAGUGACAAAAAAGGGCUGACUCGGCGAGAGCGCCUGGAGCUCCGGCGUCGGACCAUCCUGCUGCUUUACUACCUGCUGCGUUCCCCCUUCUAUGACCGUUUCUCUGAGGACAGGAUCCUCUUCCUGCUGCGGCUGCUGGCCGAUUAUGUUCCUGGCGUUGGUUUAGUCACCCGGCCACUGAUGGACUACUUGCCUGCUUGGCAGAAAAUUUAUUUCUACAAUUGGGGCUGACAGGAGAUCCAGGGCUGAGGAGGAGGAGGGCUGCUGAGAGGGUGGGGGGUGUGGGGGCCAUGAUCUGCUGCAGGUAUCAGGCAGCCCAUCCCUUCAGCCCCUCAGCUCCUCUGUCCUCUAAUAAAACUGGCCCCCGGUGAUGCUCCUAAGCGUGUCCCCUCUGUGCUCCCAUAUUGGGGGGAGCCCAGGCCCCAUAGUAUUCCUGCCACGAUGCCCAAACCAGCCAGCCUUCCGGGGGAGCCAGAGCCAGCCACCUAAGCCACUGGGCUCAAUAACAAAUGGCUACCUGUUCUACUCAGGACAGCUCCCCAGUAUGAGAGGUCACCACUACAUCCUGGCUCUGCCCAUCUACACUACAGUGAUUCUUCUCUUAAUGAACUUCCUGGGAAUGAAGCUCCAUCAUGUGCAGUCAGCUUUGUUUAAAAAAAAAAAAAAAAGAACCUCCUAACCUCUGGGAAGCAGAACUGUCACCUUCCAGCCUCAGGACCCCCAACCUUAGGGUCAGGGCUUCCUGUUGAAGGUAAAUAGGGAGAUCCUUGGGAAAGCCAGGAUGUGGCCAGAAGGCAUCCUUGGGCCUCCAGGGGCUCCCCUUCUGAGUCUUUAAUCUUUCCUUCUCCCCAAGGCCCCACUUUUUGUGAUAAACACCAACUGAAACUGGUA